GUGCCGCCCAUGUGUGGGGUUAACCCUCUCCUGUCUGGGGCGCCGCGUCAUUCUCCCCUCUCCCCCCGCCCAGGAAUCCUGGAGACAGACAUCACCUUCCUCCUCAUCUUCCUCCUUAUCCUCCUCAUCUCCUGCUACUUUGGCUAUCUGCUCAAGGGACGCCAGCUGCUCCACACCACCUACAAAAUGUUCAUGACAGCGGCCGGCGUGGAGGUGCUGAGCCUGCUGUUCUUCUGCAUUUACUGGGGUCAAUACGCCUGUGACGGCGUCGGGAACGGCAGCCUCAAGAUCCUGGCCAAGCUACUCUUCUCCGUCAGCUUCCUCGUCUUCCUGCUGAUGCUCAUCCUGCUGGGGAAGGGGUUCACCGUCACCAGGUACCGCUGGGGGGGUAGACGUGGGAGCAUUGGGGGGCAGUGAAGGGGG